AUGGCGCCUGUCGUUGUUAUUGAAAGCGCUUUCAAUAAUAGGAAAUCCUUCGCUUGUCCAAAGGUAAAGAGCGACCUUAAAACUGGUACGUCCAUAGGUGAUCUCAGUCCUGAAGAUAUCAGAAUUAUCGCCUCAAUGGGUGAUGCUCUGGCGACUGGGAUGGGUCUAUGGCCCAAAACGACUAUUGAAUUCCGUGGAGCUGCCUUCCCAAGUGGUGGAGAUGCCACAAUCGAUGGACUUAUUACAAUCCCAAAUAUCCUUCGUGAAUUCAACAAUCACUUAGUUGGUGUUUCUCAUGGUAUGGGAACAAGAGAUCAGCUUCCUGAAACGCAGUUGAGUGUCGCUGAAAGUGGAGCUACGACAGACAAGAUGCCAGAACAGGCCCGAGAACUUGUCAGGCGGCUGAGAAAUCUGGUCGAAGUGAACUACAGAGAUCACUGGGUAAUGGUCAUAGUUACCAUCGGCACCGAAGAAGUGUGCUCCAGAUGCACUUCACCCAAUGUCACCGCACUAACGGAAGCAAUAGACAUACUUCAGAAGAAUCUUCCUCGCGCUUUUGUCGUACUAUUGGGACCUAUCCAUGUGUCGUUUCCGUACGAACUCAAGGGUAACCUGUUGAAGUAG